CAUUGUCAUCAUCACCAUCAAAAACUUCACAAGCCUUUUUACUCACAAAUCAAGAAAGAAAAAAUGGAGAUGCAAAGUAACUGCGACUUGGAACUUCGCCUUCUUCCUCCUCCUUCCUAUGAAUCAAACAGCUCUGAAAUUCCACAACCGAAGCAAGAACCUCAGGUCUGUGUUUCUUCAGAUCUUAUCCAUCUCCAGGCAACAGCUAUACUAUCGCUAGCGAGAAGAGAUAGGGAAGAGAGAUCACUGUCACUGGAAAGUUCAGACAGCUCAGAUCCUUCAGUAAUUCCAAGCAAUUUGUAUCGAGUUCAUCAUCAGAACGCCUCUACGAAGAGAUCUCUUCGUAGCUUUCUUCAGAAACGGAAUGUUCGGAUUCAGGCUUCUUCUCCUUACCGCCGAUUCCCAAUAAAUUUGUUUAUGUGAUUUCAGUUUUUCUCAUGUUAUUAGAUAUUUGAGUUAGCACAAUUUUAAUUAUUUGUGUUUUUUUCUUGCAACAUUGAAAGUUUAUGACUCAAACCAAACCAAAGACUCAUGUACAGAACCCAAAAGACAUACCUUUAUCACACCUUUUAAGUAUUUCCUCAUAUAUUUCAUCAUUUCAUGUUUAGUUUUUUCCUUGUAUAUAAGAGAUUGAUGUUCUAGCUUUAA